AAAGGUGUUAUAAGAGAUUUUUAAACUCUGUCCCUGUAUAAAAUUGGAGAGUAUUUGUAAAUAAACUAAAAAAGUUUAUUAUCAGAUCAGUUGUGACUUUAGAUAUGACUAUUGUAGGGCUGCAUGAUGUAGUAUAAUUGAAAUGGAUUUGUUCACCCAAGUAGUGCUGCAGUUGUUUCUCAAAGAAAUGUGGGUUUAGCAACAUUAUGCUUAGUUGUGGUGAGAUGCAUGUAAUUCAACAAGACUAUAAUCUUUGGAGUUAAACUGUAAGCACUGGGUGAAACACUGACCUUUGCAUCCCAAGUAUGAUCUCAUCUGGACUUGGCUUGCCCUUGUCUUCCUUGUGCAAUUGCUGAUUUGGCAUUGUUGCCUAUCCCAUCGCUAUGUAUUGCCUUUGUUAUAGUAUAUAAAGAAGUAUUCAGUUUACAGCUGGAUGAAUGCUUGAGCAAACCAAAUGGUCAGUAAAAGUUUUUUGUAAGUCACUGUCAUGGAAAUUCAUGCCUCUGCUAAAACUGAAAGAUCCAGACUACCUGAAGCUCUGGUUGGAUAGUUUUGUUUCUAGCUAUGAACAGUUUCUGGAUGUGGACUUUGAGAAGCUGCCAACUAGAGUGGAUGACAUUCCACCAGGAAUAUCACUGCUUCCUGAUAACAUUCUUCAGGUCCUCAGGCUCCAGCUGCUACAGUGUGUCCAGAAAAUGUCAGAUGGCCUAGAAGAGCAGCAGCAGGCUCUGUCACUUCUACUUGUGAAAUUCUUUAUCAUCCUUUGCAGGAAUUUGGCUAAUGUGGAGGAGAUUGGGAUGUGCUCAUACAUUAACCACGUUAUCACCAUGACUACGUUAUACAUUCAACAGUUAAAAAGCAAAACUAAAGAAAAAGAAGUGGCAGAUCAGACCCCCAUAGAAGAAUUUGUGAGACAUGCAUUGGCUUUUUGUGAAAGUCUCUAUGAUCCAUAUCGAAACUGGAGGCAACGAAUUGCAGGACAUUUCCUUAGUACAGUUGAAAGGAGCAGACAGAAGUAUAAACCAGCUUCCCUCACUGUCGAGUUUGUCCCUUUCUUUUACCAAUGCUUUCAAGAAAGUGAACAUCUCAAGGAAAGCCUGAAAUGUUGCCUGCUGCAUCUCUUUGGAGCUAUUGUGGCUGGUGGUCAGAGGAAUGCUCUUCAAGCAGUAUCUCCUGCCACCAUGGAAGUCUUGAUGCGUGUUUUAGCAGACUGUGACAACUGGGAUGACAGAAACCCUGAGGAAGUGAGCAGGAAGGCAGAGCUGACUCUGAAGUGCCUGACAGAAGUUGUCCAUAUCCUUCUAACCAGCAGUUCUGACCAGCGUCAAGUGGAGACAAGUACAAUAUUGGAGAACUAUUUCAAGUUGCUUAAUUCAGACCAUUCCGCUUUACCGAAUGCGAGGCGAUGCAGGCAGUGGGAGAGCAGAUUCAUAGCACUACAGAUCCAAAUGCUGAAUACCAUCACAGCCAUGUUAGACUGCACAGAUAGGCCUGUUCUGCAGGCAAUUUUCCUUAACAGUAACUGCUUUGAGCAUCUCAUUCGACUGUUGCAGAACUGCAAGCUGUUUUUAAAUGCUAACAAUAAAGUCGCAGACAAGAGUGAGAAAGACCUUACCAACAAAUUACUGACAGAAAUGAAUGAGGACCAGGUGUUUCAGGGACACCUGGACUCAUUGGCAGUAUCAACCAUUCAAGCCCUCACAGCAGUAAUGCACAAGUCUCCAGCUGCAAAGGAAGUCUUCAAGGAGAGGAUUGGCUAUGCACACAUAUAUGAGGUACUAAAAUCACUGGGUCAACCCUCACGGGAAUUGCUGGAAGAACUCAUGAAUAUGGCUGUUGAAGGUGACCACAUGGCUGUUGGGAUACUAGGCAUUAGUAACGUUCAGCCCUUAUUGCUGCUCAUCCAGUGGCUUCCAGAACUCGAAUCACAUGAGCUGCAGAUUUUCAUCUCAAAUUGGUUGAGGCGAAUCUGCUGUAUUAACAGACAGAGUCGUGCCACAUGUGUCAAUGCAAACAUGGUCAUCCGGAUCAUUGAGACACUCAGCUCCCACUCUGCCCUCCAUUGUACUUGUGCAGAGAACCUGAUUGCCCUUCUGGGCUCUUUGGGGAGCCAGUCAAUGGGCUCAGAAGAACUGCUUCAACUGAUACGGCUCCUGAGGACUGAGGAGCCCAGAGGAGCUCACCCUUACGUGGUUCCAGUGAUGCGAGCCAUCCUGGCGAUGGCCCGGAAGCAGGGCAUGGCCAGUGCCUUGCAGUACUUCAACUUGCACCACAGCAUGGCCGGGAUCGCUGUGCCAGCAAUCCAUAGGUGGCCGGGCUCUGCCUUUUCUUUCAACGCGUGGCUCUGCCUUGACCAGGACCGGGUGGACCCCAGCACGACCAGCAAAAGUGGCAAGAGGAAGCAGCUCUAUAGCUUUUUUACAGGAAGUGGUAUGGGGUUUGAAGCCUUUAUUACGUGCUCUGGGGUAUUGGUGGUUGCAGUUUGCACAAAGAGGGAAUAUGCAACAGUGAUGCUGCCUGACCAUUGUUUUUUUGACUCUCUCUGGCACAACAUAACUAUUGUUCAUGUGCCUGGAAAGAGGCCCUUUGGUCAGAGCCUUGUGUAUAUCUACGUCAAUGGACAGCAGAAGGUCUCUGCCCCACUUCGAUUCCCUGCUAUGAAUGAAUCUUUUACUUCUUGCUGCAUUGGUUCAGCUGGUCAAAGAACAACAACUCCUCCUCCAUCUCAGAUCCCAGAUCCGCCUUUUUCCUCCCCAGUUAUGCCCCAUCGGACAUCACUUGGGGGCAUUCUCUCUACAGGGAGUUGGGGUGGGGUGCUUGGGAAACCAGAGCUCAUCACCAAGAUGAUCUCAGCAGGGACUCAGGACAGUGAAUGGGGGUGUCCAACAUCUUUGGAGGGCCAACUUGGAUCUGUUAUCAUCUUUCAUGAAGCACUGCAACCUUCUCAGGUGAAAGCAUUAUAUUUAGCAGGUCCAAACUGUUUAACUCCAUGGAAGUCUCAAGAGGCUGAAGUAGCAGAUCUCCCCAGUAAGGUGCUGCUUCAUUAUACACCAAAGGCCUGCAGAAGCCCAAUUUGUCUUGAUCUGUCUGCAAACCUUUUACAUGGAAGACUAACUGGAAACAAAGUAGUGAACUGGGACAUCAAGGAUAUGAUCAACUGUAUUGGUGGAAUGAAUGUGCUGUUUCCAUUGCUGGAGCAGAUCAGCUUUCUGGGUGGACAGAUGCCUGAGAAAUCUGAGGGGGAAACUUUACCUCCAGAACUAGUAACUCCUGUAGAAGGAGACUGGGUGGUGUUCUCAUCCACAAAGGCAUCAGAAGCACGUCUGGAGAAGAACAUAGUUGCAACUUUUAUCUUGACGAUAAAACACUUUAUUCAGAGACAUCAUGUUAAUCAAGAAAAUCUCAUUCACUCCCAUGGAGUUGCCACCCUAGGUGCCUUGUUACAGAAGGUGCCAAGCAUCUUAAUGGAUGUGAAUGUACUGAUGGCUGUACAGUUGUUGAUAGAACAAGUCUCAGUAGAAAAGAACAUGCAGCUUUUGCAACAGAUGUAUCAACACUUACUUUUUGACUUCAGUAUAUGGAACAGUGGUGACUUCCCCUUCAGAAUUGGACAUAUACAAUAUCUUUCUACAAUCAUCAAAGACAGUAGAAGACUCUUCAGAAAGAAGUAUGGUGUGCAGUUUCUUCUAGACACACUCAGGAUUUAUUAUGGGAGUGGUUGUAAAGACAGUGAUUUGGCUCCCGAUGACCUGAGAACAAUACGGACAUCCCUGUAUGGACUGAUCAAAUAUUUCCUGAGCAAAGGUGGAACACAUGAAGAAAUACAGAGCAUUGUAGGAUACAUAGCUGCCACCAGUGAUGAGGAGCAGCUCUGUGGAAUUUUGGAUGUUCUCUUCAGCCUACUUCAUUCCAGUCCAACUCCAGACCAGCUUUUUUUAUUGCUUUUUGAACCAGGGAAUGCUGAUAUUCUUUAUGCUCUGUUAUUGCAUCAAAGAUACUCUGACAGGCUUAGAGAGCUUGUGUUCAAGAUUGUGGAAGAGAUGCUGAAAUGUACCAAAGUUUAUGAACGUAGUAAGCACCGUAUGAGACUCAGAGAAGUGGGAUACUCUGGACUGGGGCUUCUUCUGAAUGAAUCACCAGUUCCUGUUUCCCUUAUUAAAAACCUUCUUAACCAAGUUCUUUAUGCAGAUCCUACUGUGAAUUAUAAAGAUCUUAUAGCUGUAGUGCAUCUGGCUCAUAGAUCAGAUAUAAACGUGAGAGUGGUUAUUUGUAGAAAGAUUUUGCACCUUUUGCACACCCAAGUGGAUGCAGCACAACAGAUUUCUCAGCAGCUGGGCUGGCAGGACACUUUGGUUAGACUAUUCCAGAAAGAAAACUCAGAGGUCCGAACUGGCUUUAAAGAGAACAGGACUGAUUUCUUCAGGGAAGAGGAAAAAAAGCCUCCUGCUGAAGAGCUUCAGAAACAUCCGCCUUAUAAGACAGAGGGAGAAAAAGCCAGCAGUUUUGUUAAUGGUCUGUUUGAUCAGUGGAGUUUAGAAGACAACAAAUCCCUGGAUGUCCCUGCUCAUUUCUCUGUUAUGCCACUGGAAGAUGCAUCCACAGCAGAGAUGUCUUUUAGUUCAGAGGACCGAGAAGAAUUGUGGCACAGUAAUCCUUCACAUUUGAGUUUAGAUCUUUCCAGUGUUGACUCUUAUGAACUGGCUGAUGUUGGCAACCAGAUGACAGAUAGCCAGCCCAGCACACCAUCACCUACAGAGAGCACAAAACCGUUCUCUGGGCAACCUGACAAAGAGUUGGGUGUUAUGAAUGAUGUGGGCUUCACAGCUGAUCUUUCUUUAUUUGAAAACCAAGGAGGGAGUGAUAAUGAACUGAUACAGUUACUUACAGACAUCUUACUGUGUAUAAUGUGGAAAGGUGUUGAAAAAUCUGAUGAUGAUGCUUGGAUCGAGAGAGGACAGGUGUUCUCUGCACUGACCAAACUGGGGAUGUCUAAUGAGUUGCUGCGACCUUCUGAUGAAAUAAAACUCAGCUUGCUGGAGAAGAUGUUAGAAUGGUCAGUCACUGAUAACAGAGAUUCAAAAGCUCUCCCUACACAUGCUGAAAAUGCCUUGAAGCUCUUGCUAAUUGUACAAGAUUUCCUGCAGGCAGAAGGACUAAUUAAUUCAAGUUUAUGGACAGAAAAGCUCUUGGAAGAACUAGUAACUCUCAUGGAUAGCCUGUCAGUCUGGUACUCUGCUGGCCUAGAAUCAAUUAGGCUUUCACAGGUCCAAGUCCAGUUGCUCCUUGGAUUCAUUGCACAAGAUAACUUACAGGUCUGUGCUAUGGCAGCAGCCAAACUAAACACCCUCCUGCAGACUAAAGUAAUUGAGAGCCAGCCUGAAGCAUGCUACCUCUUAGGGAAGCUGGAAGGCAUUUUGAGUAGAUCAAUUGAAGAGAAGACAGAAACUUACUCAUUUUUGAUUCCCCUUGUUCGGACAUUGGUAUCCAAGAUUUAUGAACUUCUUUUCAUGAACCUGCAUCUCCCUUCAUUGCCUCCUACCAAUGGCAGCCCUUCUUUCUUUGAGGACUUUCAAGAAUACUGCAGCUCUGAUGAGUGGCAAGUUUAUAUUGACAAAUAUAUUAUUCCAAAUAUGAAGCAGUAUGAAGAGAACUCAUUCAGACAUGAUAAUGAGCAGAUGGCACUUUAUUGGAAAGUUUGUUAUGAAGCAUUUAUGGUGAACAUGCACAAGCGAGACCGGGAAAGAGGAGAAAGUAAGCUUAAAUUUCAGGAGCACUUUGUGGAACCAUUCAGCAGAAAGGCUCGACAGGAAAAUCUGCGGUACAACAGUAUGCUAAAGCAACUUAGUAGUCACCACACAGCUACUCUGAGGCAGUGGAGAGCAGCCCAGCUUUACUUGUUCUCUGAACGUGGUCCUUGGUCUGAAAGGAAACAGCGUCCUAUUCACUGGAAACUUUCAAACGUGGAAAACUUUUCACGUAUGAGACUAAAACUAGUGCAGAAUUAUAACUUCAACUCUCAUCAGGAUGCUAGUGACCUGAGAGAUAAUUUAGGUGUGCACCAGACACAGCCCUCUAGUGAGUCUCUGCUUCUGGAGGUGGUGAAGCAGGUCAAAGUGAGUGACUUGGAAGAUGAUGUUCUUGAGCUACCAGAUGAAGACACAGCAGCCAGUUCCAAUUUGGAUGACAAGGACGAGGAAAGUCAGAAAGAAAAGCUAAUAUUGUCUGAAGACUGUGAACUCAUUACAGUAAUUGAUGUGAUACCUGGCAGGCUGGAGGUCACUACACAGCACAUCUAUUUCUUUGAUGGUAGCAUUGAAAAAGAGGAAGGGGUAGGUUUUGAUUUCAAAUGGCACCUUUCUCAAAUUCGAGAGAUACAUUUGCGUCGGUACAACCUGAGGAGGUCGGCUUUGGAGAUCUUCCUUACAGAUCAAACCAACUACUUCCUCAACUUCAAUAAGGAGGUACGAAAUAAAGUAUACAGUCGAAUAUUGUCACUGCGUUCUCCAAAUAUUUCUGGGACCAGAUCUCCACAGGAACUUUUUAAAGCUUCGGGACUGAUGCAGAAAUGGGUGAAUAGAGAAAUAUCCAACUUUGACUACCUUAUUCAGCUGAACACGAUGGCAGGACGAACUUACAAUGACCUUGCUCAAUAUCCUGUGUUUCCCUGGAUUUUACGAGAUUACACUUCAGAAGAACUGGACCUGAAUAAUCCUGCAGUCUUUAGGGAUCUGUCCAAACCCAUAGGUGUGGUAAAUGAAAAGAAUGCUAAGACUGUGAAAGACAAAUAUGAGAAUUUUGAGGAUCCUCUUGGGAUGAUUGACAAAUUUCACUAUGGGACACAUUACUCAAAUGCUGCUGGUGUCAUGCAUUACCUCAUUCGGGUAGAACCUUUCACAACACUUCAUAUCCAACUUCAAAGUGGCAGAUUUGACUGUGCUGACAGGCAGUUUCACUCUAUUCCUGCUACCUGGCAGGCGCUCAUGGACAACCCCAAUGAUGUCAAGGAACUUAUUCCAGAGUUCUUCUACUUUCCAGAGUUCUUGGAGAAUCAAAAUGGUUUUAACUUAGGCCAGCUUCAAAUAUCAAAAGAGAUGGUAAAUGAUGUUGUUCUGCCCAAAUGGGCCCACUCUCCAGAAGACUUCAUUUAUAAACACAGGAAGGCUUUGGAAUCUGAGUAUGUUUCUGCUCAUCUUCAUGAAUGGAUAGAUUUGAUUUUUGGCUACAAGCAGAGGGGACCAGCUGCAGUGGAGGCGCUUAAUGUGUUCUAUUAUUGUACUUAUGAAGGGGCUGUGGAUUUGGAUGCUUUAACAGAUGAAAAAGAAAGGAAAGCUUUAGAAGGGAUGAUAAACAAUUUUGGGCAAACUCCCUGUCAGCUGUUGAAGGAGCCCCAUCCACAAAGGCUGUCAGCAGAAGAGGUAGUGCAAAGACUAACUAAAAGUGAUACCUCUACUCUGAAUCUCUUCCAACACCUCACUGAACUGAAGUCAUUCUUCAUAGAGGGAAUCAGUGAUGGAGUGCCCAUUGUCAAAGCUGUUGUUCCCAGGAAUCAGUCACGUUCCUUUAUUUCUCAGGGAAGCCCAGAGAUCUUGGUAACAGCAAGUCUGAACUGCAUUAUUGGAACUCAUGGUUGGCUACCUUAUGAUAAAAAUAUCUCCAACUAUUUUACAUUCAUCAGAGAUACCACAGUGACAAAUCCCAAAACCCAACGCAACAUGAGUGGUCCUUUUGCACCAGGGCUGGAGAUCACCUCGAAGCUGUUUGCAGUGUCCCACGAUGCAAAGCUGCUCUUCAGUGGAGGACACUGGGACAACAGCAUCAGGGUGACAUCUCUGACGAAAGGCAAGCUGAUCGGACAGCACAUCAGGCACAUGGAUAUUGUGACCUGCUUGGCAAUAGACUACUGUGGAAUUCAUUUAAUUUCAGGCUCCAGAGAUACUACCUGUAUGAUAUGGCAAAUAGUUCAGCAGGGAGGAGUGCCUGUAGGCCUGGCACCUAAGCCAUUUCAGAUCCUUUAUGGGCAUACUGAUGAAGUUUCGAGUGUUGGCAUCAGCACUGAACUUGAUAUGGCAGUGUCAGGAUCCAGGGAUGGCACCGUUAUUGUCCGCACUAUUCGGAAAGGUCAGUACGUGAGGACUUUGCGACCACCUUGUGAGAGUUCUCUCCUGCUGACUGUUCCCAAUCUGGCUGUGUCCUGGGAAGGACAUAUAGUUGUCCACACCAGCGUAGAAGGAAAGACUACUCUUAAGGAUAAGAAUGCAUUACAUCUCUAUUCUGUCAAUGGAAAAUAUCUGGGUUCUGAGACUCUAAAGGAGGAAGUGUCAGAUAUGUGUGUGACUGGCGAGUAUAUUGUGAUGGGCAGCUUACAGGGAUUUCUUUCCAUACGGGAUCUCUACAGCCUGAGUCUGAGCAUCUCCCCCUUAGCCAUGCGACUGCCAAUUCACUGCAUUUCUGUCACCAAAGAGUACAGCCACAUCCUUGUUGGCUUGGAGGAUGGCAAGUUGAUUAUCGUUGGUGUUGGCAAGCCAGCAGAGGUAAAACCCACCAUCAAGAACUUUUUCUACCGAACAGUGGGAAGUUCACUUAUUUCUGCUUUCCAGUUGAGCAAGAGGUCUCCUCUAUGGCAGGGUAAAUUUAAGAGCAAGUUUCAGUUUUCAGUGGGAAACAAAUAACUGUUGAGACUGCUCUACUGAAAGUUCUCAUUAAGAAUCAGAGGUAUAUAGGGAUCACAGAUGGGAAGCUCAGCUGGACUAACUUCCAGACUUUAUCACUCACAUCUGAAUAAGCAAAGUCAUAAUAGCUAAUCUUUUCUGAACGGGAUAGUGUUGUCAGCCACUUCUUGAUGAAAUAAUUUCCCUGAAGAAAGUUGGAAAAAAAGAGAGCAAGCCACUUUGUUUAUUUUUAUGGUUUCUGUCAGAUAUCUUUUAAUAUGCAUUGACUGACAUUGGGGGGGAAAAAUAUUACUUCUUUCUGUUUAAAGUCUCUAAUUGCAAUGCACAGAGAAUCACUUCUGUAGGUUCUCAGUAUGCUCAGUGCUCCAUAUGGUGAAUAUAAACUUGUUGGUACUGCAUAUGCAAUAUCAAAUACAGAGCAUCCAUCUGUCAAAUAGAUAUGCCCAGUUUUUCAUGUGCAAAACAUAGGUUUUGCUUUAAGUACUUCUUGUCAUGACUUUCAAAGUACUUGAGUUAGCUUAAACCUGCUUCUCUUUAUAACUGGAUCUCUGUUGUGCUGCAAUGUAUUUAUUUGAAAAUGUGAUUAUCACUUUUGCAUGACCUUUAGUACAUGCCAGAAAAGUGUCCUAAUUUAAUUUUAUAUUUUAAAUGUGAUAAAAGAGAACUUACUUGUCAGUAUUUCAGUAUGUUUUAGCUAGGAGAUACAUAGUUUAAGUCUGGAAAUAGGCUUCACACAGUGGUAGUCUGAUCUUGCUUGCAGCAGAUGCGGUGGGGUUGGUUUUCACUGACUUCCAGUUGAACAGCUUUUAUUCUAUUGUAGAAUUGACAAAGAGCUGAUUAUGAUGUGGUUAAACAUAUGUUUGUAACAGCAGUUUUAAAGUCACUGUCAUUUCUAAGCUUCCUAUUCCAGAGAAAGAUCUUUUGUAGGCUGAAAUUUGUAUGUAUUAUUAGACUGAAGGCUUUUUGUUUUCUUAUUUUCAGUUCUUAAUCAUAUCUAUUUUUCUAACUAUGCAGAAAGUGUUGUUUCAAAGACUGGUUUCCUUUUAUGACUGUAGAGGCUUUCCAAUGAUUCUUUUUUCAGGAUUUUCUGUUUAUAUUUCAGAUGAUCUUCAAGUUAAUAUCCAUGUAAAUAGAUUUUUUUUUUAAGCACAAACAUAUAAGGAACAACAUUAUGUCCCAGAUUUUCUAGUUUUCUAUAAUGGCAUCAAUCAAUAUAUUUGAAAAGUGUAUGUAUGUGGGGUGUUUAUUUGUUGAAUGAUUUAUUUUUACUUUGGAAGGAAUUAAUUACUAGAAUUUAUCUGUAUACAGAAGACAGUGUUGUAGUUCUGGCUUUCAGUGGUGAUACUGAUCCUUAGGACAGAGGAUUGGAUCCAUAGGAGUGACCUUCUCUAAUGUGCAUAAAGGGAAAUGCUGCUUGGUGUUAAGAUUGGCCUUUAGUGUUUCUACAUUGGCAGUAUCUACUAUGAAGUAUAAUAUAUGCUUUUGUGUUUUUAACAAUUACUUAGCUGGUUUGGAUGUUGCAGAAGUCUGGGCAAUUAUAACCUGUUAGUGUUAAUCCUGGUCAGCACUGUGCCUUUUCUAGAACACUGCUGCUGUAAUGAUACAGUUCUUAAGCUUGUUAAAUUUGUAGUAGUAACUGGGGGGAACUGUUCCUGAACUUGUGUUGUUAAGGCAUGCAUCUUGUUUACUGAACUGCAAGGAAUUUCAUAACCUAAUCAGCUGCCAGGCUGAUCACUACUGGCCAAUCAUCAACCUUGUAAUUUGGCAGUAAAACAGUUUCUUAAAAAUUGUUGUCAGAUUGCAGACCUACCAGAUGCUGGAUUUAAUAAGGCCUCUGGUUGCUUGUUAUCUGUCUUAACUUAUGGAGUACUCAUUAUGACUUACUUCUGGUUUAAAUUUUACUCUGAACACUUCACACAGGAUCUUUGGAAGACUAUAAAUUUGACACCAGGAGAUAACCUUUCUCUUUUUCCUUCAUUCUGCCAUCACUGUCUUGCAUCUUGGUUAUCUUUUCUUUUUCACUUCUAGCACUAUUUGAAAUCUCUAAAAUAAAAUGCGCUUUCUUCUCAUUUAAUUCAUUCUUGCUUGACAUCCACUUCUUUUUUCCCUUCCUAUCAAAAUAGCAAUCUAAACACUGUUUCUAGGCCAUUUGAAGUAGGUUAAGCAUAUAAGUGUACAUUACUUGGCAAUAUCCCUUUAGCUGUUCAAAAGCAGAGAAGACUGUGGUUAGUGUUUUGUGUGUUGUUUUUUGUCAGUCCCAAGAAUCAUCCCUAAGUGUUACUUCUGGUUUGUUUUCAAAUAAUUUUUGUUGAUAUAGUUUUGUUUAUGCAGUACAUUGUAGUGUCUGCAUUUCACCAGAAUCAGUGUCUGAAUUCCUUUUUAAUUUAUCCACCUUAUCCCUUCCCCCUCCUUUUGUUUCUCUGAAUUACUUUUAAACAGAUGCGCUCAGGUCAGCUUUCCCGAAAGCUGUGGGGAUCAAGCAAACGGCUCAGCCAGAUUUCAUCAGGAGAGACUGAAUAUAACACUCAAGAUUCCAAGUGAUUGCUGCUUCUACCUUCUCUCACGGAUUCCAGAAACUUAUUUAAUCUUUUUGUCACUUUAUAUGUAUAAAUAUGCAAUCAGGGGCUUGAUUCUUAAGUCUAUUGACAAAGAACCUAUGUUGGAGGUGUAGUAGUAAGCAUAUGUACUCAUGCAAGUUAGCUUGCUUGCAUAUUUUCCCUAACUCUGUUGACUUGAUCACAGCAGUAUCCCUCUCUCAACAGCUGCUAAAACUGUGUUUUGGGAGGGGAAAAAAACCCCCAAAACCAAAAAACCCACAAGUUUCCAAACUCAAGCUUACUAAUUGAAUUUAAGAUAAGUAGCAUUUGAUUUAAAGCUGAAUAGGGCCAGAUGCUCCUUGAUCACAAAGAAGGUAUUUGGCUUUGCUUUGACAGCAUUGUUAUUCCCCAAUAAAUUAAAAUUCUGGCAGUUGCAAUGGUUGGAUUCAGAAUUGGGAUAGCUGACAGUUAUGACCUUCUCAAUAUGUUUUCUAGCCCAGCGAACAUUUUAUUGCAAUUUGUUCAUGUAAAUGGCUAUUGCUGUCUUCUUUUGUGCAGUUCCAGUUUUAGGCUGUUCUGCAAGGAACAUCUGUGUUGCACUACUUGAUUAUCAGAGAUUGUUUAAAGUACAGACAUGAAUAACUUAAAAGGAGUUGAAGGUGGUGAAGGAGCUGAAGGAGGUAGGAAAUACUUGCUGCUGAAAAUUAUUUAUAUUAUCAAGUAGACUAAGACACACACCAAGAAAUCCCAUGGUAUAUUUAAUAUCUUGUAGAAAUACAGAGGAAGAAUCAUUAUCUUAUAUUGGUCAAAGAUCAAUCUGCUUCAUUAGUAAGGCAACUCCUUCAAAUAGAAGAUUAAUUUCCACUGCAGAAUCAUUAUGCAACAUUGCAGCACAAUUUAAUUAAAAAUAGCACCUGUUUGUUUCUUGAUUUGGUGUUCACCAAACCAGUUGUUAGCCAUAUUUUUUUCUGUAAAAACAAGCAGGGAAAAACAGAUGAACAUUUUGAAGAUGCAUUUAAGACCUAGUAAAAGAAAAUACUAGAUCCUUACACGUGCUGUAUCCAAUUGCAUGCUAUGUUUUGGAGAAGGCAUUACUGGUUUGUUUGUUUUUUUUUUUCUUGGUUUACCAAUAUAUGAUGAUAGAAGGGUGUGCAUUUUCCUAUCAUUCUGACAUUUUUAUAAUGUUACUGAUUUAAAUGAUAAACCCCAUACUGUUGGAAAUGCCUAGUGCUGAGGGAAAAAUAUGAAUUUUUGGAUCAGCGUGUGAAGGUGUGUGUAUGUGUAUAUAUGUGUGUAUGUGUAUAUAUAUGUAUAUUCAUGUAUGUAUGUCUACUAAAAGAGAAAAUACCAUGGGAUAAGGGGAGUAUAGAUACAAAGCUGAACUAUAAGUGAUUGUUAGAUAGCAUGUUCCCUUUUGGCUACCCCUUCCUUCCCUCUACCAUCACUUUUCUUGUUAUUUUUUAUUUAUUUAUUGAAAUGGAUGUGUGUUGUAUCUCUUGUAAAUGUUAUCAGAUAUUCCCUGUGGCUGGGGAGUUGUUGAACUACCUGAGGAACUGCAUAAUGUAUAAUCUCAUUUCAUUAACUUUAAGCACAAUAUUUAUUAACUUUGUAGAAAUAGUAAUACCUCCUUACCCUGCUAAAGGAUAAUCUUUACAAUUUUGAUUAGUCUCAUUAAAACUGAUUUCUCCUCCUCAAUUUCUUUACUGGAAAAAAAAAUCCCUCUUAAUGACUGAUUAGUGUACUGUGUAAAGAAAGUUGUGUUGCUUUUUCUUAACUUUUGUAAAUGAAAUAAUAAAUCAGACUAGUGAACAAGUGGGUCUAUGCAUAGUUGCAAUAUUCUAACUAUCACUGUGACAGACUGGAUUGUCUGGAAAGUUAGGAGGAAGUAAGAAUUAUUUUCCCGAGUCACUUGCCAAGAGAGGAUUAAAUUUCCAAAAGUAGAGCGGUGUGGUUUCUUUUCUUACUCCAUGUAUGUAAAAAAAAAAAUUUGCAACCACAUCCCAUAUUUUCAAAUAAGCUAUAGAGAACUGAAAAAUACUAUUUUUAAUCAGUCACCUAUCCAGUAAGAAUACUGAGGAUACUCUGGAAGUAUAAAGUUUGUACAUGAGAACGUGAAGUAUGUUUGUCCAUUAUAAUUUCAUGAAGAAGGAAUUGCAGGGGAGCUCUUUAGAGAGUAGUUUAGAGGAAUUUCAGCUCAGAAUGUGAGAUUUUUCUGUGUUAUGGGAAAUUGAAAAACUCAGUUGGGACAUUGAGAUGAUGGUUUUUGUAAGUAUGCAUAUAUGUUGUGUUUAAAUGCAUAUAUGAGGCUAAGUGUUUAUUUGCAGGGGAAGGGGUCAGGAAAUUAUGAUGUUUUGGGCUAGCAGAAUAAAGUGGAAAAAUGGAGGAGAUGGGUCUUUCCUAGUGUUUGGUGAGAGUGAAGUUUUCUUUUUGGCACUUGCUUAGAGAGGUUUGCAUAAGGGUUUGAAAACAUCCUACUGUGCGUUAGGUAUGUUUAUACAAUAGUUGAAUUGACAUUUUUAGUAGUUUAAUAUUAAAGAAUACUGAAUACAGUGUGUCAGUUUAAGUAAAAUAUGUUGCAAUAAUUGGGGAGGAAAUAGUUUAUGAUGAAGACCUUUGACAUUUCAAUACCAUCAUAUCAAUGCAUCACAAGCAUUGGGUGAUCUUCACAAAUACAUGGGACAGGUUUAAAUGUGGACAGUUCUUGGGCUCUCAAACUUGAGGCUAGUUUGUGUUCAGCACAAAGCAGCUGCAGCAUGAGGAGGGGGACAGAUGAGCUCUGAGCUGCUUUAUGCUCUAGAAAGAGUGGCAACAUCCAUUGCCUUUUGAUCUUUUCUCUGGUCCUUGAGGGAUGGGAGGUGUACACCAUCACACACUUGGUGUCCUUGCCAGAGGCCUUCUGGAGAGACUUCCAUAGGUUUGAAGGUUUGCACUUUGCCUUUAUCUAAAACCAGCUUUAAGUAAAAGAUAAAAGUCGUAAGUGUGAGCAUUAGCUGGCAUGUUGUUUCUUUUGGUUUUAACUUAUUUGUAUAAAAAGUAGAAAAUAAUUUUUUAAAAAUAGAAAAUAAUUUUUCUGAUCAGUUGUUUAGGUCGGUUGAUUUGCAGUCUGUUAUGCAGUGCACUGUGAAUUAGUGAACUGACUUCCAUAGUUCUUCCAUUUCUUCAAGUCAAUAAAGCUUAGGAUCCCAUUUUGUUUGUCAUAUAGUAUUGGUGAAAUAAGAUUAUUCUUUGGUUUUCAACAAAGAUUUAUCUGUUAAAAGUACAGCUGUGAGAUGAGAAUUCCAAUUAAGAAUUUAGAAUAAAAAAGUCUUAAGUGACAUUUGUUUCAUAGCACUACAUUUGUCACCAUCUUCUUGGUGAUACUGUUUUUAAUUUUUGGAGAAACUCAAAUUAUUUAUCAACGUUUAAAAUGUGCUUACCUUUGAAGAUGAGUAAGUAGGAGUGUAAAUAUAUAUAUCUAAAAGAAACUGAAAACUGACACGCUUUUCACACCUGUACAUAAAUGAGAUCAAGUAGUUAGCAGUAUUGAGUAACUUCUCCAUAGCACAGUUUUGAGCUUGGAUACCAAAGGAUAUUUAGAAGACAUCUCUCCUUUAUUUCAAGUAAAAUGUUUGCUAAAUUUUUCUUUAUCAAUUUACUUGUAAUUCAUGAUAGUAUUUGUAGUUGUCUUUUUAUAUACAGUGAAGAAUCCCAUCUAGUCUUUGCUGAUUUUGUACUAUACAAGCAUACAGAAAGUGAAGUGCUUGCUCUUCAACUUAGCAUUUGACUUAUGCAAGUUUUUCUAUAUCAAUGUACUUGUUAUCUAUUAUUUGCUCAUAGGAUAUCUAGAAACCACGUCUUCUAUCAUCCAUGUACCUUACCAGCACUAAAUAAUAAUCUCAGUGUUAAACUAACUGCAUUUCUCCUGAUGGUUAAUACACAUUAUGGAAAUUAGGUUUUAGGAAGCCUGUUGGAUUUAAAAAGAAAGGGGAAAAAAAAGAAAAAAACCCCAAAGCAACAAAACAAACAAAACACCCACAACCUCACAACUUCCCCCCAAAAAACCCAAAUUAACCUAUACCCACAUUACAAUUAUUUUGCUAAUCUGCAACAGUGAUAUAAAGAAGCUUUUUUUCCCCUCUGGUAUAUCUUAGAUCAUGCAUAUUAUCACAAAACAGGUUUAUCAGUCUUCACAGGCUUUAAAUAGCCUAGUCAAUUGACUGUUUUAUAAGGAUCCUCUUGAAAGUUGUAUUUCUUUGUCCUUUAAAUGAAAGCAAAGAACUAAGUUUCUGCACUGGAAAAAUUCUAUAUGGGACUAGUAACAUUGUUCUGCUUUAAGACAGUCCUGCAGGAAUGAUAAAUUUAUUUUUAUCUGUAAUGCACAAUAUUAGGUAGGUCUUUUAACUCUUGCCUUAGUCAAUGGGAGCUGUAUACCUCACUUCCCUAAAUCAUGUCUCCCUCUUCCCUGUUUCCUCUGCAAGUCCUUCCCAAUCUUAAUUAACAAAAUCCUUAGAAAAUAUAAGUCAUGGAACCAAAUGCUGCACAAAGCUUUUACUGUGUACAUGUAUUUAGCUGAAAACAUGUAUCUAUAUACAGAUUAUGGAAUGGUAGAGAGCUUUAGAGCUAGAAGGGGUGUAGAAAUGUCGACAUCCUUCUGCUCCUACAUUGAGAGUCUGUGUAGGUAUGUGCUCUGUAUCACCUGAAAGCAUUCCUGUCUUCCACUGCUAAAGGCACCUUGCUGGCUAGGAUAAUGCUGAGCCUACGUGCUGUGAAUAUUUUCCUUUUUUUCCUUUCAAAGAGUUAAAAAAAGAAGAAGCACACACAUAUAAAUGCAUAUCCUAAUGUGAACCUAAGGCCUGAUCUAAUACUGUUAUAUGAAAGCACUACAUAGGGUUAUAUUUAAUUGGGUGGAAAUUCAAGCAUGUGCUUCUAGGUCUUUUUAUGCUUUUUGGCUUAAAAGCUAUUUCAGUUUCAGUUGUAAACGUGACACUUGUUAGUAGUCUCCUUUGGGGGAGAGUAAGUUUUUGUGGAAUCACAUAUAUUUGGGCUCAUUGGAUGCCAAUGUUAGAGUCAACUGAAGUGUUUGGAAUAUGUCUUUCCCUCCAUCCCAAGGAGCCAAUCUUAUUACUAAUUGCCCUUGUUAACACAUACUUUUGAAGGAAGCAAGGGUUUUCUAAAAAGCUACUGCAAUUAAAGAAAAACAUUUAAAAAUUGAUAAAAUGCUAUUGUCCCCUUCUUCACUGUUGUAGUCAUUAGAUGCCUAAAUGCAGAAAUGCCUCUGAGUGGCACCAUAACAUGCUCUGCAGUUUCAGUCAAGUGCCAUUGACCUUACUGCAGUCUUGAACACCCCACCCCAUAUGUGAGGAACUGCCCUUUGUUUUGUUUUCUUCCACAGAUACACAGCAAAAAGGUGAAUUAAGACUGGUAUGUCUUUCUUUCAGUUACCAUUUACUUACAUGGCUCAGAUAAAAUACGUGUUUCACUUCUUUUCAAUAGGGUUCCUUCAGUUGUGUGUUGUUCCUAGUUUUGACUUGGAAAAUUUGGCAGGUAUGUCCAGACUUUGUCUGUGAUUAUACUCAGCACAGACACAAUUUCAUAACACGUCUUCUGUCCCAGAAGCAUGAUUAUCAGUGUAGAUUAUGGUUUAAAGCUGCUAAGAUGUUUUGAGAUUGGAAUAUAAAUUUUCCAGCCAUGUACAUCGCAGAUCUAACUGAACCUGAGGCCACUUGUUUAUUUAGCUUCCUAUCUAGUCAGUAUUUUCCUCUCAAGGGAGCCCUAUUUUUUGCCUUGAAAUAACUUAUU